GGUCAGGACAGAGAGAAGAGAAAGAAGAUUAGCUGCUUCAAAGGUUUCUUCGGUGAUAAGAAGCUGCCAGUGGUUGUGUGUACUUCUCUUUAUUACACCAGCAGGCUUGAAGCAUGGUUCCAGACAUAGAGAGGAUUAUUGAGAGCAUCGUCCGCAGAGACCAGGACAGCGUGCAGCUUCUGCUCAACAGCUACAACACACAGUAUGCAGAGUGCUUCUUUUUCAACACUGAGGCACAGGAGAGGCGAAAGCAGCAACAACUGGAAGAGUUCAGGAAGAAAAAAUUCAGGGACUGUGCUCCUGCUUCCGACUCUGACGUUGACUCAGAUGAUGAGAAUGCAGAGCUUCUGCUCCGGCAGGAUCUGUCUGCAGCCCUGUUGUGCUUCAUUGGUAGUCAGCUACAGCCGGCGGUUUUACGAGUUUGCCUGCACACACUGCGUAUCCUGUCCCGUGACCAUAGGGCCCUGGGGCACAUGGUCACUGAUAGCGCCCUUCUCACAUUAGCACACAUGGGAGGCAUCGUCAUACCACAGACAUGCAUACAGCAAGAAAAUAAGGACGCUGAAGAUCACGUGGGCAGAUCAUGCAGCACGACCCAUAUUAGAGCUGUGAGUAGUUGUGAGCAGGGUGCAGAAGCUGGCACUGCCCCGUCUGGGUGCUCUGUGGUUUCAUUUUCUGUUCUUGCUGAAGGAGCUGUCUCUCCAGCCACACGUGGUUCAGUGAAUCACUGCUAUCAGCAGAAACAUGAUGGAGAGCAUGUGACGCUCACCCGUGGCAAAAAAGACACCCAACAAGAUAACAGUGAGGAACAAGAGAAGGAGGAGGAUGGAGAGGUGUGCAGGAAGGAAGCCUUGAAAGUCUUGUGUAAUGUCAUCUACAACAGCCCCCGGGCACAGGAGAGAGCCAGUGCGCUAAGGCUAUUGCAAGGUUUGUGGGAGAGUCUGAAGGAGGAGAUCUGGAGUAAAGUGCCACUCAGCUGCCACUUUUACAAGCUGAGGCUACUCUUCUUACUGACAGCCCUAAGACCUGAACUCAGGCUGCAGCUGCAACAGGAGCGGGGAGUGUCAGUGCUGACCAAAGCCUUGGAACAGUGUCUGGCUGUGAGCUGGGGCGUGGAAUAUGAGGUGCUUACCGACAGUAAACAAGCUCCCAUUUCCAUGGAGGUGUCCCAGAAGGUCAUUGAGAUCCUCAAGACACUCUUCAACAUCACUCACAUGUUCCACAGGCAGGAGCCUGAUGAGGAAGAUGCUGCCCUCUAUCGACACCUAGUGGCUGUGCUGCGCCAUUGUCUGCUCCUGUCAUGUGAAGGAGAAGACACAUUAGAAGAACUCCAAGGGCACACGGUGAAUGUCCUCUCAGCAUUGCCACUGACAUGUCUGGAUGUCCUGGUGUCUGUCCAGGUGGACCAAGCAUCCCAUCAGUGCGAGGGGGUCAACAUGGACUGUGUCCACAAAUUGUUGCUCUUUAUGAACAGACGGCUAAACAGGGGCCAAAAGCUGAAGGAGAAACUAACACCUGUACUGAAUCUACUGACUGAGAGUUCUCGGGUACACAGGGAGACGCGCCACUACUUACGGCAAAAGAUCCUACCUCCACUGAGGGAUGUUGCCAUCAGACCUGAGCAGGACAGCUCCCUCAGAGGCCAGCUGGUCCGCCUAAUGACCCACGUUGACACAGAUGUGAAGGAUUGUGCUGCUGAACUGCUGUUUGUGCUCUGCAAAGAAAAUGUCAGCCGAUUUGUCAAAUAUACUGGAUAUGGCAAUGCUGCAGGGCUGUUGGCAGCUCGGGGACUGCUUAAUGGAAGAAUGAGUUCUAGUAACAGCCAGUACUCCAGCGACUCAGACUCAGACACAGAAGAGUACCGAGAGGCCAAAGCCAAGAUUAACCUGGUGACUGGCCGGGUAGAAGCAGACCAGCCUGAUCCAAUGGAGGGCAUGACGGACGAAGAGAAAGAAGAGGAGGCACGUCACCUCAUCAGUAUGAUCAACAGACUGUCACGUGACCAAAUCAUUCAGCCAAUGGGUGUGACAGCAGAGGGCAGACUGGCUCCACUUUGGGGCCAAAUGAGUGACUGCACGCUGGAAGAAGAGGAAGAGGAAGAAUUGAAUCUGAUGCCAGAGGGGAGCAAAGACAGUCAGAUGGAAUAGGAUGAUGUAAACACAGAGCGAGACAGAGAUGCUAACACACAUAUAUCCAGUGUUGGGAAGGUUACUUUUGAAAUGUACUCCACUACAGAUUACAGGAUACAUGCCCCAAAAUGUUGUUUGUAAUGUAUUCCAUUAAGUUACUCAAUGUGAGUAAUGUACUUUGGAUUACAUAAUAUUGUCAUGCUUUUUACAACGACGUAAAUGUACUAUUACUGAAGGCUACUCGCCAAUGAGCUAACAUUGUUAGCUGGGGUUAGUUCAUAGACUGCAUUCAGAAGUGCACAUUUGCAGCUAGCAGGUUGUUAAUGCUAUCCAGCUAGUCUAACAGUCUAUGAACUAACCUCAGCUAACGCCAGCUAACAAUGUUAGCUUGGUGACGAGUAGCCUUCAGUAAUAGUAGUAAAUCACACAGCAAUAGUACAUCAAAGAUACUAAAGUGGCACAUACCAGAACUAAAACAAGCUAGCUGCAGUAGGCUAAUGUUAGGUUUUUUUUUUAACAAGAACUUACAGAUGUUUCUUUAGGUUGGAGUCUUUUGAUGCUGAGAGCAGACUGGUUGCUGGCAAACAAAGUUUGUAUUGCACGGUCAGAUUUCACCUGUCCCUUUCUUCUCUAAAUGUAAAUUGGUGAUUGCGCUGGCUCCAGGUCCAUUGUGUAGCUGAGGCCACCAACAUUAACAGGACGCUUACAUUAGAGCCUCUUAUUGUGUGUUUUGUUGGAGUAUUAGAGAGGGGAUAGCCUAACACAGAGCUUCCCAAAGUGUGGGGCCUGCCCCCUAGGGGGGGCACAGAGCCAUUGCAGGGGGGGCACGGUAUGAAAAGGGAAAAAAACCCAAAACGCUUGGACACUGCUAGCACGGGGCGCCUACACAAACGCAAAGCAGGAGAUGAAGCAGAGCUGAAUAUGUUUGCAAACCAACUUCAUUCUAAGCCAAACAUUUUUCUUGUAAAACAAAGGGGGGCCCAGCAAAAAAAGUUUGGGAACCACUGGCCUAACAUAUGAAACAGGAAAAGACUGCCAUGUAAUCCAUUUAUUUCAACAAAGUAACUGCAUUCUAAUUAUCACCUUUUGAACGGUAACUGUAAUGGAACACAUUUACUCAUAUUUUGUAUUUUAAAUACGUAACGCCGGUACAUGUAUUCCAUUACUCGCCAGCACUCCCCAACACUGCACAUAUCUAUGUUGAAGAUCAUUGUUAAAGAGAGAUAAUCCAUAAAGUGAAGGUAUCAGUCACUAUUAACUAGAUGGCGAGUGAGCUGAAUUUGUUUCCUAUGUUACUGUAUUUUACUAUUUUAUAGUAACCCUGUUAGCAGCUUUGUAAAAGUAUAGUUUUUUUUAUAGAAGAUGGUAAUGUGUUAUUGAAUGUGGAAAUUGUGUAAUGUAAGCUUAUAAAAUGAAAGCGUUUUCUGUAUCAUCCUAUAAUACUGUACAAAUCAUUACAGUUAGUACACAUGCAGAACUGCAGCAUCUGAUCCAUUUAUAGAAGGCUUGCAUCCUAACAGUUCAAGUAUUGUUUGGAUUCUAAAAGGCACAUGAAGUAUCUUAGAUUAGCUGUACUCAAUGAUGAGUGUAUAAAUAUACAAUGCUGUCAUGUC